GACAUACCCAUUUAUUUCAAAAUCCUAAAACUGAUCUAUCCAAACUCGAUCCAAUUCUGGACGUUGAAAAGCCAUUCAUCACUCCACCAUCACUACCAACAUAUCGUUCAUCAUCAACAAUAGUUUCACCAGAAGCUGAAUCCGACGAUACUGACAUCUUAGCAGC